AUGCCGCUGCCACUCCAAGGCCGUGUGCUCGCAGCAUGCUUGCGGCCACGGCUCAAAGCCACGAGCAAGCUUGGAAUGGAGGGUGGCGUGCCUCGCUGCGCAACCACUGCGGCGGCACGCCUCCCGAUGCUCCGGUCGAUGGUCAAGGAGAAUCGCAUCGUUCGCACGAUCGAGGUCCAUAGCGGAUUCUCUGCCCUCGUUGCAGACGCAGCGCGAGCCUCCCGUGCCGGUACAGAGGUCGGCUUUGAUUGCCUGUGGUCCUCCUCACUGACAUCCAGUGCGAUCAAAGGCAAGCCGGACAUAGAGACCGUCACGACGUCUGAACGACUCCACAUCGUUGACGACGUCCUCGAGGUGUCAGACAAGCCCAUCCUUUAUGAUGGGGACACCGGCGGUGCAAAGGAGAUCUUCGCCUUCACAGUGCGGAAGCUAGAGCGUCUUGGGGUCUCCGGGGUGGUCAUCGAGGACAAGUGCGGGCUGAAGCAGAACUCCCUCUUCGGGACGGACAGGGUGCAAACCCUGGAGGACGUAGAUGUCUUCUGCGAGAAGAUCCGGGCUGGCAAAGAAGCUCAGGUCACCCCGCAUUUCAUGAUCUUCGCUCGCCUGGAGGCCCUGAUCGCUGGGCUCGGGGAGGAAGAGUGCCUCCUGCGAGCCCGCGCCUACGUGACCAAGGGGGGCGCCGACGGCAUCAUGAUCCAUUCGAAGGAGAAGGAUGGAGCGGACAUCUUCUCCUUCAUGAAGCGCUGGAGACCCGAGUUCCCGGACGUUCCAGUCAUCGCAGUGCCGACGACCUACAACCACGUCACCGAGGAGGAGCUGAAGGAAGCUGGCAUCAGCAUCUGCAUUUAUGCGAACCAGCUGCUAAGGGCAUCCUACAACGCGAUGCUCGACACAGCCACGAAGAUCCUGGAGGCAGGCCGCGCCAAAGAGGUGGACGGCCAGAUCUUGCCGACCAAGAAGAUGAUCUCCCUCAUUGAUGACAACACUGACAAGUCGCCGAGUUGA